AUCAUUGCCGCAAUUACCGACACUUGGAAAGUGCAGUUUGAGAAAAAAAUGCGCCUAUUUUUAAAUAUCUAAAUAAUCAUUCGAUAUGCGCGCGUGAGGGCCUUUAUCUAUGCUCGUGUAUGUGCGUAUAUGUACGCAGAUCGAAAACAAAAAAUAGGAAUCAAAUUUAAUGGAAAACAACAAAAGAAAAGUUUGGCGCGCCUAAUGAGAGGAUCGAGUUGUUUAUGCACGAUUAUUAGAAUAAUCGGCGAUCAUUUAUCCUUGAGACCAGAUUCCUUGACAUUUCUUUCUCGCCCUAUGACGACCGUGAGCAGAAGAAUGCACGUGAAGCAUCAUCCUCUUUGGCGAUCGCUUCGCCUCCCAGAAGCUGUCCCGGACGUUUGGGAAGCACGCCUGCAUGCGCAUCAGCGAUACGUGAUUCGGAUGUGAAGUGCCGUUUAACAGGUGCCAUAAGACAGCCUAACACAUCUCGGUAUAUAUAAACUACUAGCGAGCAGGCGGCAAGGCUUAGUCGGCCGAUCGUUUCAAUCGUGAAUGUAAUAUAGUACUUUCUUUGCGCUUUCGAAAAGUAACGAUCGCGAGGGACUAUAAUGACAUCUUUAUGGCGUUAUUUGCUUCAGUUGAAUCGUACACCAGGCGAGAUGUGGACCUGCCUUGCUUUUCUAAUUAUUAUCUACGUAAUAUACGUAUUGAAGGAUUACAUCAGGAUCCUCAGAUUUAUUUUUACCCUCGAUGGACCGAAGACAGUGCCCAUUCUUGGCAAUGCAAAUACCAUUCUUGAAGGAAACCUGAUUGAGAGAAUGACAAAUGAGGCACAGAGUUACGGACGCGUUUUCCGGAUAUGGAUAACGCUUUUGCCGUACGUCGUGCUCGUGGAGCCGGAGGAUAUUCAAGUGGUGCUGAGCAGUAUGAAGCACACACGAAAGAUAGUCUUUUACAAAUUGCUCGACAACUUUUUGGGUAAAGGCCUGAUCACGCGGGAGAUCGACAAGUGGAGAAUACACCGGAAAAUCUUGCAACCGGCCUUCCAUUUUCACAUACUCGAAAGAUUUGUAGGAACAUUCGGCAAAUACGCUCAUCAUCUAGUCGAUAAACUGCUCGAGAAAGACGGAAAAGAGGUGAACAUCACCGUGUUCGUCAACAAUUCGGUUUACGAUAUAUUGAUCGAGACGGUUUUGGGAAUGAAGGCGAGCCGAAGAAGCAGCAACGUCGAGGAUGACACGCCAUUCAGAAAGGGCCAAGUUAUGGUGCCGUACAGAUUCGCGCGGCCAUGGUUGCUAAUUGAUUGGGUCUACCGAUUGACGGCAGCCGGGAAAUCAGAGGAACAGCAACAGAAGGAUCUGUUUGACUUUUGCUUCAGAAAGAUGAAAGAGAAGCGCGAGCUUUUACGACAGAACGGUUCGUUCGUUAUCGAUGACGAAACAAUGAGCGCGGAAGGCAGAAAAAUAUCCCUGCUCGAGUACAUGGUCGAAAUCAACGAGAGAAAUCCUCGUUUCACCGACCAGGACAUCAUCGAGGAAUGUUGCACUUUUAUGCUAGCCGGCCAAGACUCGGUCGGUACCGCUACCGCGAUGACGCUUUUCCUAUUGGCGAAUAAUCCUACAUGGCAGGAGAAAUGUAUCGCGGAGUUGGAUGAAAUCUUCGGUGAUGACGAGAGAUCACCUACUAUGCAGGAUCUUAGGGAGAUGAAGUGCUUGGACAUGUGCAUCAAGGAAUCCUUGAGAUUAUACCCUAGCGUUCCGCUUUUUGCCAGGACACUUGGACAAGAUGUGAGAAUAGGAAAGCAUGUGAUACCAGCCGGUUGCGGUGUAUUUAUAGUACCAUACAGCACACAUCGUUUGACUCAUCAUUUUUCUAAUCCUCACGAUUUUAAGCCGGAACGUUUUAGUCCCGAGAACUCUCAAGGAAGACAUCCCUACGCCUAUAUACCUUUUAGCGCCGGUCCUCGUAAUUGCAUUGGAUAUAAAUUUGCCAUGCUCGAAAUAAAAUCGAUAAUCAGCUCAGUUCUGAGGAAGUGUCGAUUAGAACCGAUUUUCGGCAAGGAAAAAGUGAUAGCCAAGUUCCGGAUGACAGUCAGAGCAACCGGUGGACUUUGGGUCAAAGUGAGAUCGCGGAAAUUGUAGCGAUUGAUAAGAUUGACACGCCAUCGAUCUUGCAACUUAGAAAUAGCGAUUGUAAUAACAUUUUGAAGAUUUAUGGCAAUUUAAUUGUAAGAUAAACAGAAAGAUGCAAUUUGAUCCAAUACGUUGAAUGAAAAUAACAAAACAUACAUCGAUACAUACAUAACGCUUAUUAAAAAUAUUUCAAUAAUGCAAUAAUUUGAAUUAUGUUUAAGAAAUCGUGAUUUUUUUCAUGUACUAUUUCAACAAAAUGACUAUAUAUGACAAAAUUAAAGAAACUGUGCAAAACCUUUCGAUAAAUUAUAAAAACAUGUGUGCCAUUGUCAUUUUUAGACAUAAAAUUAUGUAGGAAGCUUGUAAAUUUUGUUAGUAUAUCAAG